AUAUUAUGAUGCUUUAUUUCGAAGAGAUAUUUAUUUCUCUCUUUCUCCCUCUCUCUCUCUUUAUUUGUUUGCGUUUAAUAAGAACGAUCCGUUUGUUCGACUUUCCUUCUGCGAAAGAAGAUUAAGAAAUCAGUCAGAAUUUAGCUGUGUACCUGUUGAGUUUGAGAUUCGACAUUGAAGACAACAUGGCAGAAAAUUUUAAGCCAUCGAUGAGUUCUUCGAAAAAGUCAUUGCUGAAAAAGUUUUCACCAAAAAAUCAAGUGCCGUCAUUACCACCGAGAGAGUCACCGAGAGAGUACCAGAGACUGUCAACGAGAGAGUCAUCGAUAGAGUCAUCGAUAGAGUCAUCGAUAGAGUCAUCGGACGUGUCACCAAGAAAGUCACCGAUAUAUAAUAAUACAUUGAGAGAUGCACUAACAAGUCCAAUAUCAAGCGGGAAACAGACAACGAAUCGCACGGAAAGAGAUUUAAAGAAUGACGAAUAUUUGCAAUCCCAGGAAUAUUUACAAAGCCAAGAUUUGAAGCUCUGGCCGCUACUAAGCACCUUAGAUAAAAAGUUUCUGUUACAGAUUGAAACGAUCAUGUGGUAUGGAAAGAAUGACGAACUUGUGAAUUGGCAAACGGUUUUAAUUGUAACAAAAGAUAAGAAUGUUUACUGUUUGGACAAUGAAAAAAUAAUAAAAAGCCAUGCGAUAAAUAUUCUAGAGAUUAAAAAAGUAGAAGAUCUGUGUCAGAAAAAUAUCAAAACUAUGAUAUGUACCAAUGACUGCUCAUUUGUACUGACUGAGGAAGGAAAGAUAUAUUCCUGGGGCCUCAAUGCAUUCAGCAUGUGUGGACAUGAAAUAGAUUAUAUAAUACCCUACCCUCUUCGAAUACUUGAAUUUGCAGGCCAACGCGUAGUGGACAUUAGAUGUGGUUAUUUUCAUGUUCUCGUGCUCACCGACGAUAGAAAGGUGUACAGUUGGGGAGAAAACUAUUGCGGGCAGGUUGGUAAUACUGAUGUUGAUUUGGCUCGAAAACCUAUGGAAGUCAUAAUUGUGGAUAUAUUCGGUAAAAAAAAGGACAUUCAAAGCAUUUCUUGCGGCUCUACUUUCAAUAUGGCUGUUACUUGCGACGGUCAACUUUACGGUUGGGGCGAAAAUACAUAUGGUCAACUUGGACUUGGAGAUAAUGCUGCAAUGAUAAAUAGGAAACCGAUAAAAAUCAUAAAGGAUGUCGCAAUAGCGAAAGUGGAAUGCGGAUCUGAACAUACGUUGGCUCUUACUCGGGAAGGUUUGCUCUAUGUUUGGGGUAAAAACGACGAUGGACAAUUGGGCAUCGGGAGCUGCGUGAACCAUAUUGUUUCUCCCAUUACGAUAAACACGGGAAAAAUUGGGAAGAUAACCGAUAUCGUCACUCGAUAUGAUUGCACGAGAAGUGCUCUAGUUAAUGAAAACAAACGUAUUUACGUAUGGGGAUCAUAUGUUCAUAAAUCCAAAUGUUAUUUGAGUCCAAUUGACAUUAAUCUUAACAAUAUACAUGAUGCGUUUAUAGAUCUUAGAAGCUUCAUAAAAGUACACAAUCCCUGUACAAGCCUAAGCAGACUCAAGAUAUUAAAUUAUAUCAUGUCUGUAACACAUUUGGAAACUGUCUUUGACAAUUCCAUGUCAGCCGAUGUUAAGUUAUUAGCGUAUCAAGAAUCUAUAUAUAUUCACAAGAAUGUCAUUAUGAUUAAGUGUCCGGAAAUGUAUAAAAAACUUUUUAUGCAUAACUCAGACAGUGUCAUCAUACGAAAUGAUUUCUCUGCUGCUUCAUAUAAAUCCUUCUUAAAAUAUGUAUACACUGGUGUAAUUGACCUACCUUAUAAGAAUCCAUUAGAAACCUACGUAUUAGCUUCUUCUUACGGUGAUAAAAUGUUUCUGAAACUUUGCAUUCGGACACUAAAGCAAGAGAUCACCAUAUUAAAUGUCAUGCAUUUUUAUGCCGAGGCGAUAUCACUGAAAAUAAAGAAACUAGAGGAGUUCUGCUUCACGUAUGCCAUAAAUAAUCUGACGGUUGUGGUGAAAACAGAAGGUUAUGCUAAAUUAUCAGAAGAGAUACAGUUUAAUUUUAUAAUAAAAGCGGCCAAUGCCUGCGCUUUUAAAUAUUAAUUUGUUUGCCUAGGUAUUAUUUAUUUGCCUAGGUAUAUUUAUUGGUCUAUACAUCUAUUAACAUAUACUAAUAGCAAUCUGAUAAAUUGAUAAAAAAUUAGUAUAAAUAAGUUGUACUUGUUUUAAAUAUGCAAAUGUACUUUAUUUAAAUUUGCAUUUUAAUCGUCUUCGUUUAUAUUUUUUUAUUCGUAACAUAUAGCGUGAGCAAGUAAAUUUGAUACAUGAUUGUAACAUUAAUUUGUAUGCGCAAAUUAUGUUGUGUUUUUACGAAUAUUUUUUAUGGAAUCUUGCUUCGGCUAAAGUUAAUCUUGUAAGACUCUUAUAAUUAUUUUAGAAUUCGCGCAAAUAAAUAUAGAGAGAGACAAAAAAAGCUGUCGUACAGAAAAGAUAAG